UCCACCUCGCUCUCGCUUCCACCCGGGUCCCGUUGGCGCCGGACGCAGGAGGGAGGACUUAGACAUGGGGGCAGCGGGCGCUGGGGCUGCGGAGCCGUCCUCUCGGCUGGAAGCUCCGGGACCCCCGGACGACCGGCUUUUCUUGGUUAAAGGUGGAAUUUUCCUUGGAACUGUUGCUGCAGCGGGAAUGCUGGCUGGAUUUGUUACAACACUAUCACUGGCUAAAAAGAAAAGCCCUGAAUGGUUCAGUAAGGGAAGUAUGGCCACGGCUGCCUUACCGGAGAGUGGGUCUUGCCUUGCCUUGCGAGCUCUGGGCUGGGGCUCACUUUAUGCAUGGUGUGGUGUUGGUGUGAUCAGCUUCGCAGUCUGGAAAGCUUUAGGAGUUCACAGUAUGAAAGACUUUCGAAGUAAAAUGCAAUCAAUAUUUCCAACAAUUCCCAAGAACUCAGAAUCGGCGAUUGAGUGGGAGGAAGCAUUAAAAUCCAAAUGAGAAGAGUGUGGACAAGUUCCAGAGAGUUAGAGAAAGGGUGGCUUUGGAGACACCACAACAGCAGAGGGACUGGGGUUGAUUUCUCCUGGGGAACAUAUGGAGGUUGUUGACCGAACCCAUGGGCUGGACAUGAGCGGUCUACGGGUGUGUGUAUGUGCUGAACAUGAGAGGUCUACAGUGUGUGUGUGUGUGUGUGUGUGUGUGUGUGUGUGUGUGUUGGAAGGGGGUAAAAUUUCCCCAAGGUUCAGAAGCAUAUUUGAAAAUAAUAAUUAUAGGUGUAACUUUCCUGUGUGGAGGAGAUCCCAGAGGAUCCUUCUGUUUAUAACAGUUGAAACCAAGUUUUGUACCUUAAAGAGUAUGAUAGAAAAUAUUUAUAAACAGACUCCUAAAGGCAAUGGUACCUCAGUGUGUCUAUUCAAUGAGUCUCAAGACCCAUUGAAUAGACACACACACACCCAACUCUGUCCUGUCUUCCUUAAUCUCUUACAGAAAACAGGUGGAUAAUAAUACGUACAUGCAAUUAUUUUUACUGGAGAUUAAAAUAUAAAGAAUAGAAAUACUUUAAUAUGUCAGUGUGUUUGGAGAAAUAACUUCUAGUUGAUAUCAGUUGUGCAAUUUCUUUAUAACUGCUUAGGCUCUAAUUAGUCAGCAAUCAGGUUUAAUAAAGUACAUUUGAAAUUUCUGUAUUAUAA